AUGGGCGACCAAGAACUGAUAACGCCCCGGUCGAUGGGUCGCCCGUCCGACGAGGCUCUGAGAGAUGAACCGUCCACCACCGCGCCCAUGGCCAGCACAAAUCACCCGGCCGAAAACGGGUCGGAAUCGCGACCCGGGUCUCCUACUGCUGAGUCGCCACCCACUACGGUGCGUGAACCUUAUGACUGGCGUCUAAGCCCAUCCUUGCUCUUGAUGCUGUUGUCGCUCAUGGAUUCACUGAUGGCGGCCUUUCUAGAAUGUACAUAUGAUCAACCUUCGAAUCGAAGGCGAAAUCCUGCCCCACAAUAUAUCGAGGCUUUGGAGCAGAGGCUGCAGAAAGCCGAGUCAGUCCUACGCUCAGUCUUGCCGGGGCUUGACCUGGACGAUCCCAAGUUUGACGUGCGGACCGUAGAACAGCUCAUCGAGGCAGGUCGUGCAAACACCAGCGCCACCGCCACCGCCCACGCAGGUGCCAAUGUCGAUGUCAAUGUCAACGGCAAUGGGACGGGCAGUGGAACUACGAAUGCGAAUGCGAGACCAGCCGCCGACCCGCCAAAAGCCGAUGAUGAUGCUCAACUCCAAUCGAUGGUCGACCGGACCGGCAGUCUCGAUCUUGACGAUCAUGGCAAUUGGGACUUUCAUGGUCAUUCCUCCGGCUAUGUCUUUAUGAGAAAAUUUCGGGCGCAGUUUGGCGACCAGUUUCUGUCCGAAUACCGCCAUCCCAGCAAGAACCGCACAAUCGCGCAGGUCCUCGAGUCACCCAAGUCAGCCAACUCGUCGCCGAUCGACUUCAACCUCUCUCACCACAUUGAUCUGCCUCCCCGAGAGGUGGCUGUGGAGUUGUGUCGCAACACCCUCGACGACUGCUGCGCUCUCAUGCGCCCGAUCCACCGACCGACAUUCUUCAAGCGCCUUCACGCUGUCUACGAUACUGAUCCCGAGCAAUAUAACAAUCGUCAUGUCCAGUUCCUGCCUCAACUCUACGUGGUCAUGGCGGUCGGGUGCCUGUUUUCCAAGACAGAGAAUGACAACACCAUGCUGGAUCUGAAAGGUUACAAGGAGGCAAUAGAACAGGGAUAUCAAUACUUUAGCACCGCCAAGCAACUACUCGACAUUACGGAUUGCAGGGAUUUAGUGACUAUCCAAGCCAUCGUCUUCAUGAUCCUCUUCUUGCAGUCUUCGGCCAAAUUACCCACCUGUUACGCAUACAUUGGCAUUGCCCUGAGGGCGUGUUGUCGGCUGGGCCUGCACCGCAAUCUGCCCAUCAAUUUCAAUCCCAUCGAGUUGGAAGAACGAAAGCGAAUAUUCUGGCUGGUGCGCAAAUUGGACUGUUACGUGGGCGCUGUACUCGGGCUCCCACAGAUGUUGAGCGAAGACGACAUCGACCAAGAAUAUCCUGCCGAGGUCGAAGACGAUUACAUUACGGAGCAAGGAAUCUUGCCUAUGCCGGCGGGCACAUUUCCUCUGUUGAGGGCGACGAACGCUCAUACCAGGCUGACGAUGCUUCUGCGAAAGGUCGUUCGGUACAUCUAUCCUCUUAAAACGCCGGGAAACCCCAAGACCGAGCCGGUCUAUAGUAUCAGCCACAGGAAGAUCCGUGAGCUGGAAAGAGAUCUGCAGAACUGGAUGGACCAACUGCCGAGCGAGCUAAGGCCUUCGGACAAUGCUGGACGGGAUCUGUCACGGGUGCAACAACAUCUGCGAAUAAGCUACGCUCACGUGCAGAUGAUGCUCUAUCGGCCGUUUAUACAUUAUGUAUCACAAGCAUGUCAAGCGCGCAAUGUGGACAAGAGGAGCUUUGCUUGUGCGGCGGCGUGUAUCAGUGUUGCCCGGAACAUUGUUCACAUCACCAGCGAGAUGAAGAGGCGAGGUUUGUUGGUGGGCGCGUACUGGUUUGUCAUGUAUACGACGUACUUUGCCAUCCUAUCGCUCGUCUUCUUCGUCAUUGAGAAUCCGAACAAUCCCACCAGCACCGAGAUCCUGAAAGAUGCAAAGGAAGGGCGCGACACGCUGGCAAGUCUUGCGAAGCGAAGCAUGGCUGCCGAUCGGUGUACGCUCAGCCUGACGGGUCUUUUUGAUGUUCUUCCCGAGAAACUCAAGGAGCGGCGAAGUUCGCUCAAUUUUGCUCCAGCAAACAGUCGAAAGCGGCCGCCACCAGGUCCCGAAGCAGGGCCACAGCAGGAGAGAUCCAAUGCCGGCGAAGUGAGCAACCAAGUCACCUCUCGAGAACACUCGGCCACGCCCAGUCGAGCAAGGACGUUGCCCUCGGACUAUCUGGCCAAACUGGCGAAGAGAAACUCUCUGCCCGACCCGGUCAUGUCGAGUUUCUCUGAGCACGUGCAGAAUGCUCAGCUCGUAGGAUUUCAAAGCCCCUCGACGUCAACCCCCAUGUCGCCCAACUAUCAAUAUACGCCGCAACUAGGGAAUGCGCAAAUACCGGACUUGAAGAAUGUCAUGUUCCCCAGCGACAAUCCCUUUGCCUAUCCCAAUCCUCCGAUGAGUGCGCUCGAAUCGACAGACGGGCAUUAUCCGUUCUCCGAAGCCAGCAUGACGCCCAACGAGACGAAUCUUUUUGGCACGCCGAGCAGUAGCAGCCAUCUGAUGCCCAUCCCGACGCCUCAUUUUGGGAGUUACGAUUAUCCAUUUCCGCAGGGCUUGAGUGAAAGCCCCAGCUUAACGCAGCAGUUCGGGACCCAGGCCGGACGAGACUACACCACGCCCUUUACAGACAUCCUGAUGCACCAUUCGCUCGGAAGCGACAUGAAUCAUCUGGGCGGCGUCCCGAACACGACAGAAUCAAUGAACGUGGGAGGCGAAGCCAGUGCGUCGACCAAUACAGACGAGUACUGGAAACAUAUGAAUGGCGGCCAGAUCGGGGUAGGGGCUGGCCUGCCACAGGGAGUGCAGGCGAACCUGGAUUACUUUGGCACCGAGAGCUGGAACCCGGGAUGGGUCGAGCAGCAUUACGGCAACACGCAGCAUUGA